AUGAUACCUGAUAGCACCGGCACAGACACAGUCCCACAUACAGUCUUUCGCUUUCCAGGAUGGCUCUUUGGUCCAACUCUCCUAUCGCUGUUUCUAAUCUGGGACCUCAUCGACCGCCGAAUCUCCACGCGCAACAAACAAAAAUACCGCCCCUUCCCGCUGCCAACGCCCAGCGAGCGAAAGUACCACACCAGCAACGUGAGCAUCGUAAUCCCCACCGUCGACACAGACGCCAGCUUCACAACCAGUCUCUGCGGAUUUCUCGGCAACAAACCCCUCGAAAUCAUCGUCGUGACCAUCGAGGGCGAAAAAUACCGUGUCCAAGAACUAGUGCAUAAUGCGACGGUGCAAAAGUUUCGAAGCCCACAAACCGCCGUCAAAAUCUUGACUGUUCCGCACGCGAAUAAACGCGAUCAACUUGUUUGUGGAAUCAAUGCGAGCAAAGGUGAUAUUGUGGCUCUGGUGGACGACGAUGCGUUCUGGUCGAGAGAGAAUCUGUUGUUGACUCUGUUGGCGCCGUUUCAGAGGGAUGAUGUGGGUUUGGUUGGGUGUGCUGUCACAAAAUCCAGCACCGCAAUCACACCGUGGGAAGUCGCCGCCAUUCGACUCCGCGGAACCCGGCACGGCAGCAUGAAAUCCGCAUACGCGACGGACGGCGGGAUCAACUUUUGCGUGUCGGGAGUGACCAUGUUAGUACGCGGGGAGAUUUUGCGGGACCACGAGUUCCAAGACGCUUUCAUCCACGACUUGUGGAUGGGGAAGAAACAGAAUAGUGGGGAUGACACUUUUGUUACAAGGUGGGUGUUGUUUCAGCAUCAUCGACAGAAUCAUCGUCACCGCAACAACGAACUUGAACAGGUCCAACUCAAUGGUGAGAUUACCCAGUGCCAACAUCAGGGCCAACUUGGAGACCAAUCCGCCAUACCCAAAAACAACAUCAACGGCCUCGACAGUUCCAGUACCGGUAUCAGCAGCCCCGUCUCCACUGCCAUCUCUGGCCGAAAACAAUGGAAACUCGGGAUGCAACUAACCCCCGAAUCCGAAGUCGGCACCUCAAUCAUGCCCGACAGCCGGUUCGCAGGGCAACUGAAAAGAUGGUACCGCAGCGGUCUGCGCCAUCGACUGAUGUGUUUGUUCUAUGAACCCGGAGCCGUCGCAAUGUUCCACACGUGUCCGUACAUGACGAGGAAAAUGGUUGAAGGAAUGUUGAACCCGAUUCUGCUGCCGUUGAGAAUGUAUGCGUUGUACGAAACGUGCAGGGUUUGGCCGUUGUUAGGGUUCCUUGUUUUAAUAUGGAAAUUCACCUGGUACACUCACAGCCUCGUCAAUUUUGUCAACGAAUAUCCCUGGGCAAGUAGGUAUUGGUGGGCAGCCGUGCUGGUUGAUCACCUGUAUCUCGUGUCGGACUGGUAUUGUUGGAUGACGCUGGGGACUGAGGCGUGGAUGACGAGAAGAAAAGUGGACCAGGACCAUCAAGCUCCUGAUCCUGAAAAUGAUCGCAAUGAUGGCGACCACGACGAGCCUCACGGCGAGGAGUAUAAUAGUAUUGCUGGCUUAUGCGUCAAUGAUCCUGCUGCAUCGGAAUUGGAUCAGUCAUCUGGAACAAGACAACAGGACUGGAAAACGGGACUCGACUUGAUGACUGCGUCUGCUUAA